GCGGUUUCAGCACCACGGACAGCGCUUCGCCUGCGGCCCUCCAGCCCACGGCGCGCUCGAGAGGUCUGCGCGAGGCGGCGAGCUAUGCCCGCAGCAUGGCCGGCCGCUCUGGCCCCAUGGCGCUGCUCCUCAGCUUCGGCCUCCUCGGGAUGUGCCCAGGAGUCUGGGGUACAGAUACGGAGGAGCGGCUGGUGGAGCACCUCCUGGACCCUUCUCGCUAUAACAAGCUCAUCCGCCCAGCCACCAAUGGCUCUGAGCUGGUGACAGUACAGCUGAUGGUGUCAUUGGCCCAGCUCAUCAGUGUGCACGAGCGGGAGCAGAUCAUGACCACCAAUGUCUGGCUGACCCAGGAGUGGGAGGAUUAUCGCCUCACCUGGAAGCCUGAGGAGUUUGACAACAUGAAAAAAGUCCGGCUCCCAGCCAAGCACAUCUGGCUCCCAGAUGUGGUCCUGUACAACAAUGCUGACGGCAUGUACGAGGUGUCCUUUUAUUCCAACGCUGUGGUAUCCUAUGAUGGUAGUAUCUUCUGGUUGCCGCCUGCCAUCUAUAAGAGCGCAUGCAAGAUCGAGGUAAAGCACUUCCCAUUUGACCAGCAGAACUGCACCAUGAAGUUCCGCUCGUGGACUUACGACCGCACAGAGAUCGACCUGGUGCUCAAGAGUGAUGUGGCUAACCUAGACGACUUUACACCCAGCGGUGAGUGGGACAUCGUGGCACUGCCAGGACGGCGCAACGAGAACCCUGACGACUCCACCUACGUGGACAUCACGUAUGACUUCAUCAUCCGCCGUAAGCCGCUUUUCUACACUAUCAACCUCAUCAUCCCCUGUGUGCUCAUCACUUCAUUGGCCAUCCUGGUCUUCUACCUGCCAUCCGACUGUGGCGAGAAGAUGACUUUGUGCAUCUCCGUGCUGCUGGCGCUCACCGUGUUCCUGCUGCUCAUCUCCAAGAUCGUGCCGCCCACCUCCCUGGAUGUGCCGCUUGUCGGCAAGUACCUCAUGUUCACCAUGGUGCUCGUCACCUUCUCCAUUGUCACCAGCGUGUGCGUGCUCAACGUGCACCAUCGCUCCCCCACCACACACACCAUGGCGCCUUGGGUCAAGGUCGUCUUCCUGGAGAAGCUGCCAGCACUGCUCUUCAUGCAACAGCCGCGCCACCACUGCGCCCGUCAGCGUCUGCGCCUGCGGCGGCGCCAGCGUGAGCGCGAAGGCGCGGGAGCCUCCCUCUUCUUCCGAGAAGCCCCUGGGGCCGACUCGUGCACGUGCUUCGUCAACCGCGCGUCGGUCCAGGGCUUGGCUGGGGCCUUCGGGGCUGAGCCCGUGCCGGCGGCCGGCCCCACAGGGCUAUGUGGCUGCGGCCUCCGGGAGGCGGUGGAUGGCGUGCGCUUCAUUGCGGACCACAUGCGGAGUGAGGACGAGGACCAAAGCGUGAGUGAGGACUGGAAGUACGUUGCCAUGGUGAUUGACCGCCUGUUCCUCUGGAUUUUUGUUUUCGUCUGUGUCUUCGGCACCAUUGGCAUGUUCCUGCAGCCUCUAUUUCAGAACUACACCGCUACCACCUUCCUCCACCCAGACCACUCAACUCCCAGCUCCAAGUGAGACCCUUCUCCUUCACCCCUUUGCCCUCUGUUGUACAAAAGUAUUGGGUGGAGGAGGGAUGAGUGAGCUACCAGGAAGAGGGCACACUGCCCCCACAGAUCCAUCCAUCACCUGGAGCCCCUCCCAUGCACACACCUCCACCCACACAACCAGCUGCAACCUGGAAGCUGGACCAGCUGCAUUGUGUCCUGGCCACUCUCCUCCUCUUGUACCAAGCCAGGCAUUA